AUUCAGGCCUUAAUAAGCCUUAAUGUUUCAUAAAAACUACAUUUUUCAGGUGCCUGUUAUACUUAAUGGUUAAUUUGAACUUCAAAUCCUUUCAAGCACGGAGGUCGCGAGUAACUGUGCACAUCCAAAAGCGUAGCUUGUCUCGACAACAUUAUUGGUUAGUCGCUCAGUGGCCACUGCAGCGCAAACGCAUGUCGGCAUUCAUAGCGCCGGCGCCUGCGCACCGCGAAAGCCUACACGUGAACGCGAACUAAUAUUUCUGUAGCAGUCUUACCAAAUUUAGUUAAAAAUAUAAAUGUGAUCAUAAAAGAUUUAGAACACAAUGAUUUGCCGUAUAUAUUUAUUUUUAUUUGGAUUUAUUUUUCGACUUACUUCCGUGUCCCCCAUUGCUGAAAUAGACGCAAACGAAGAAGUGCUGCACCUGAUUGGCGAACCAGACUUUCGUGACGUGAGACUGCGAUGGGAGUAUGGGAAACCUGAUGAAGAAGAUCGACCGAAAGUGUUGGCGUUUCAAGUGCAUUAUUGUGAAUUGCAAGCGUGGGGGCAAUACCGGUGCAGGACCAAGGUGAUUGAUACUCUAGAAGAGGAAACAUCGACUAGAGCUUCAUCAAGCACUACGGAAGCAUCAACUACGACCCAGGCUUCGCCGUCGGGAGCAAGACGUGGACGGCUGUACAGCACUCGUAUCACCGGGCUGCGCAUGGCAACCACUUACUCGUUCGAAGUCCGACCAGUUAGACGAGACGCCAGAGACUUGGCAGACCCGCAGUCCAUCAGCUCGAAAAUCAUAAUCGUACCUACAAAAGGAUUCUCAGCUCGAGCUACUCAAUGCUUGCCACAUGCAAGUGAAGUAGAAGUUUCCACAGGACCAUUUUUCGGAGGCAGGAUCGCAGUGGAAGCCGCAGAUGGAGGCCCCGAGCGUUGUUCCAUUCAAGGGAAUCCUAACAGCGCACAGGAUGCGUAUAUCUUGCGCAUACAUCACGACGAGUGCGGUUCCGAAGUGAACGACACGACAGUUGCUACAUACGUUAUUGUUCAAGAAAAUCUGCCUAUACUUACCCAUAGUACUAGGAGAUUCUUAGUUCUUUGCACGUAUAAACCCGAGACACUGACAGUUCGCGCCGGUAUCAACUUGCCCAAAACCAAUCCUGGAGAUGUGCUUCAACACAAAUCUUCUAGCGGUUCAGUGGAGCCCUAUGAGAACCAAGACAUGGAUUAUAAUGAACUGCAGCCAGCCAGACUUGAAGCAAGAAAGGAGGAGACACAACAAAGCGUGUACGGUGAGGUCACAUUAGUCAUGUUCCUUGUGGUGGCUGCGUUUGGCGGCGUAGCGCUGUUAAUAUGGAAGGUGGUACCGCAAGCCGACAGGGACAACAUAUCUAUAGCAACUGUCUCUUCUCUAGCCCGCAGUGGCAUCUUCAGUAGACGGAACAGAGACAGAUUCUCAGACCAAAGUUCUGUGUACUCAAUAUCAUUAUCAGAGAAAGACGAAAGCCCGGCUAAAAAGACUAUCGAUGGUGACAAUACGUCUGAAGCGUAAUACCUUGAUAUAAUAUUGUGAUUUAUAUUUUUUAAUAUGGUUAAGAUUCAAGUAGGUACGCACUCUGCUCUAUAGCACGGUUAGUACGAUUUUGACGUUAUUAUUUGUUAAGACAAUGAUAAUGUGUGGCGUGUAAAUAAAUAAAAAUAGGCUUAUCGCAAAAACUGGAAAACUCCAAUAUUUCUUUCGGAUUUGUGGUGUGCCUAAGCGAACAAUAGACAUUUAUAUGUUAGCAAUUGGACAAAGUAUUGGCUUUUUUGUCAUAUGGCCAGUUUUUAUUUAGCACUUACUUCACUUACGUCAAAACUAUGAUUGCCAUAGAUAAUUUUGACGGUAAUAUUAAUUGAUAUUAUUAUUUAAGACUUUCGCAAGCGGCUAUAUGCAAGCUUAUCAAAGGCUUCAGGUGCUUAAAACAUAAUUUUUAUGUUCAGUAUAUUUUUCGCUGUGGUGAAAUAUGAAGACAAGGAUAUAUCUCAAGCUUCAUAUGUCCGCUUGAGUAAAUUUAAUAUUAAGGACAUUAAAAUAAGAGAGCGUGAUUAAAAUUAAAACAAAUAAUAUAAA